AUGGCAAUAUUCGUGGUCAAUAUUCAUUCACUAUGUGAGUCUUCAUCCCACACCACGUCUACAUCCUCACCCCCAGCUGGAGAGAGUACAGUGCUACAUGAUGAUUACAUACAGUUUGACUAGGCCCCAGACAUGACAGAUGGCUCAGUGGUCCGAGUUAGGUACCAGUGCUCCAGGGCCUAUGAGGUGGAAGUGGAGGUGGUGGUCUCCACACAAACCAAGACAGGAGUCCGGGUCUUCAAGAGGAGAUAACACAUUCAGAAGCUAACAUUCCCUCCAGACAUGGCCUACAGAGAGGACUUCUUCAUCAGGCACACAUUGGACAUCCGUAAUGUGAUGGUUUGAGGAGCCUGGUUGGACCACCUUGACCAAGGCAAUAGAGACAAAGGCAAUGGGACCAACAGCACAUACCAUGGGUCCCUGGUGAGGUCAUUCAAGGUGCUCCAGGCAGUACCGCCCUCUAAGAGUCCAGCCACUUACCCUGGGUGUCCCUCGUGGAUGGCUGAUCUGAGGUGGCAGCUGACCAGAGGCAGAAUCCGCCAUUGCCCACAUGAGUCCGGUCAUGUCUAAAUCAACCAAUCAUGUUUUUGUAUAUGUGUCACUGGAGAGAGUUUUGAAGUGAUUUACAAGAUCCACCCUUUCAUCAACAUAGAUCUUGAGAGAACCCGCCUCCUCACUGUGGAGCAGCCCAGGGUAACAGUGUCUAUGUGGGUCUAUCUGGUGCAGUGGUGUGACAAGAAGAUCCUCCAUCACGUUGAUCAGAACAGUGAAUAUGACACUCCUCUGAUGCAGCUCACUAAUUUAGGAGAGAUCCUAAUUCAGGUGUGUGUGGUGUCUGGGAGAGAUCAGGCAUUCAGAGCCCACACAUCUCUGACUCUCUGGACAUGAAUCUGACUAGACUUCUCCAUACAAGGCUCUAAGGAACAUGCCCAGAUCCCCGUCAUUCACGUGAAGAAAAGACGGAGGAAAAAGGAUGCAGGUUGGGCUGCCUUCUGA